UUUGUGCGGAGCUGUCAGAUAGAGCGAAUUUCUUUUCGGUGCGCCGAGUGCGAGUGCAAUUUUCGUCAUUUUCCUGCUGUUUUUGUACCAGAUUUUCCGCCGUUUUUCGUCAUAGUCACGGGUAGUUUUUCCUUUUGCCGGGGUGAGCAUUUAGAGGUGGCCGGAAUCCCGUAACGCGGCAGAGUGGUUUCAAUUUCUCCGGGACAAAACAGGGCAGCAACUAAAAGAGAGAGGAAAAAAUAUGGGAGGACUGUUCAGCUACUUCCGGGGCCUGCUGGGGAACCGCGAGAUGCGGAUCCUGAUCCUGGGGCUGGACGGGGCCGGCAAGACGACGAUCCUGUACCGGCUACAGGUCGGCGAAGUGGUCACCACCAUUCCGACGAUCGGCUUCAACGUCGAGCAGGUCACAUACAAGAACCUCAAGUUCCAGGUGUGGGACCUGGGGGGACAGACCAGCAUAAGACCGUACUGGCGAUGUUAUUACAGCAACACAGACGCUAUCAUCUACGUAGUCGAUUCAGCAGAUAAGGAUAGGAUAGGCAUUUCCAAGGAUGAGCUUUUAUACAUGUUACGGGAGGACGAACUGGCAAGCGCGAUCCUGGUGGUGCUCGCGAACAAACAGGACAUGGAGGGCUGCAUGAGCGUAACCGAGGUGCACCAGGCGCUCGGCCUCGAGGCGCUCAAGAACCGAACGUUCCAAAUCUUCAAAACGUCCGCCACCAAAGGGGAGGGCCUGGACCAGGCCAUGGACUGGCUGGCGAACGCGCUGCAAUCGCGGAAAUAGCUUAUUUCUCUUUGCGCGUUUAUUUGAGUUUUUACCGGCCGAACGGCGUUUGUGAGAGAAUGAUGAUUACAAAGAUUAAAAACUACAACAGAAACAAAGCAAAACAAACAAAACAGCAUAACUGACGAGGUAGUGAAAGCUUUCCUUUCUCGACCCAUUUAAUAUACAGAUUAAAGUAGAUUCUUAACGUGUGGCAACGUGCGCAAAACGGAAGCAUUGAGCAUUACUUUUAUUUGGUUAGAACAUGAAAUUAGAAUUACUUUGCAUCCACCUUCCGAGAAUAAGAAGAAAAAAAAACUGGAAUUUAACACGAUGGUCCACGACUAAGUUUAGUCAAUCUGUAAAAUUAUGAUUUAAAGCAAAAGAAAAAAAACAGAAAACAACAUUUACACAGUCCUUCUUGAGGUUCGUUCAGUUUGCUUGCGCCGAGAGGCAUGCUGCCGUUGAAGGGAAAAGAAGAAGAUGAUGAUUCUUGUCGCAUUAAUUUAAAUUAUCUUAAAAUAAAAGUAAUAUAUACACAAAUAUAUGCAGCGAAAA